CGGAGAGGUCUAGGAGGACUGGCUGCACGAGCCGCGGCAGAAGGCAGACUGGCUGAGGUACAUCCACAUUCACAAGUUCAGUGUGGCCAAGGCAACAACGAGGAGCUGUAAAGCAGAAAAAUAGCUUUCUAAGUGACUCAAGAUGGUCAAUGCCGAUCUUAUCUUUGGUGGAAUAGAGGGAGGCGGCACACACUCCUGGGUGGUGCUAGUGAACGGCAGCGGCCACAAGAUUGUCGAGCUCGAGGGGCCUUCCACCAACAAAUGGCUGCUGGGCGAGGUCGAGUGCCUGAAAAGGGUGUGGCAACUCGUGCAGGACGCCAAGAAACAGGCAGGAGUGCCAUCUGAUACCGUCCUCGAGGCCCUGGGUCUCUGUAUGAGUGGAUGUGAAGAAGAGGAAACCAAUAAGGAAUUGGAAGCUACAAUCCUAGCCCAAUAUCCUUCCUUGGCCCGCCAUGUCACCAUCACAUCAGAUACGUAUGGCUCCAUUGCAACUGGUUGUCAGAAAGGUGGGAUUGUACUGAUCAGUGGAACAGGAAGCAAUGCUUUAUUGGUGAACCCCAAUGGUCGCAUUGCACGCUGUGGUGGUUGGGGCCACAUACUAGGUGAUGAAGGUGGUGCAUUCUGGAUAGCUGCACGAGGUGUAAAGAUCUUGUUUGAUGAGGAAGACAACUUGAUUGAUCCCAUCUUUAGCACAGAGAAGUUGAGAAGUGUUGUUUACAGCCACUUUGACAUCAAAGACAGGUAUGGUAUGCUGGAGCAUGCUUAUACAUACUUUGAUAAGUCUAAGUAUGCAGGUCUCACAUCAAAGAUUGGGAAAGCAGCCAUGGAAGGAGAUCCAAUGUGUGGUCGCAUUAUGUAUGAUGGAGGGUAUGCCCUUGGUCGCCAUAUCUCUGCACUGUCUCGAAAUAUUGACUCUGACCUAUUCAUGACAGAAAAUGGACUCCAGAUAGUAUGUGCUGGAUCUGUAUGGAAAUCAUGGGAGUUACUUCGUCCUGGCUUUCUAGAUGGAGUGAAACCUCAUUGUGAGAAAGAUGUACCUGUUCCAAAGUUCACUUUGGUAAAGCUUACGGUAACGAGUGCUAUGGGGGCUACUUAUAUGGGAGCAGAGAAGGCAUCUUACAACUUGCCUCGUGACUACAGCAAGAAUGUUUCUCCAAUAUUCAAAUAUUUGCAGAGCAGUCAUCUGACUUCCACUGAUCCUCAGAAAUCCCCAUCCUUUACUAGUGAAUGUGAAUCAAGAUAUACCACAGACACGGAGGUCCAUAAUGAAUCGAGUACCAAUGGAAGUGUUAAUGGAGAAAAUGGACAUACCAAUGGAAAAAUUAAUGGACAAGUCAAUGACAUAAUACUUGAAAUAAAGUCCAAAGCUAUGGAAAAGCCAAUAAGUGCUUAGUCUCUCUCCUCUUUUUUCUGUAUGUAUGUAUGUAUGUAUUAUAUAACUGUAAACACACCUUUAUCAGAAUAAGUGGGGUGUGUGUGUGAAUGAAAUUUGAAAUCAGUCUUUGAAAGCAACAUUGUGUUACUGUAUAUGUAUGUUUAUGUGAAUGCAUAUAUAGUUUUUAAAGGCAAAGUACAUGUUUUGCAUUGGAUAGAUUUAGUCAUCUUACAGCAGCCUGGUAAGCUGCAAGAUUAUUUACAAGUUUUGUGAUAACCAGAACCUAAAUAGAACUUGGUGUUUUAUGUAUGAGUAUACUGCAAGUCAAAUUUUCUUCACAACUUAAGUUUAACUUGAAAUGCAUUGGCAUAUAACAAAAUAAAUGUGUAGCUUUAUUUAUUAAAUAACUACUGAGGUAUUAGUACAGCACCAAUGUUAGAAUUUUACACUGACAAAUCACAAUAAGAACAACUUGAUUAAUGAUAAUGUAUAUAUUUUUUAAUCUACACAAUCGUGCAAUGUGAGAGUUACCUUCAUGUCAACUUGUAUAAUGGUUUAGUUUAUUCAAAGUAUAAGAAGUGCAACUUACUAACACAUCUGUGAUUGUUGCUUGCUCUAAAUUUGCAAUUUGAAAUAGUGUAUUGCAAAAAGAAUGAGAAAUACAAAUGGAGUGAUUGGAUAUGGCAACAAAGGUAGCAUAACUUAUGUGGAACUUUAAAUUGUGCCAGCAACUUCCUUAUCUAAAAUAUUGAUAGUUUGUAAUAAUUUGUGUAAAUAAGUUGUUUGGUCUUAGUAUUUACAAAGAGGAGUGGAAGUCCAAGGGUUCACACGUAGGAACCACUAAGCUAACAUGAUGUACUUAUUUGAAUUGUUUGUGGACAUGAAUACAGCCUUUAAAAAUUAUGUUUGCAAUGUUCAUUUAUUAUUUUGUUUGUAGACAUAAAUACAGCCUUUGCAAUGUUCAUUUAUAUGAUUUUGUUAGUGACAAUUACUUAUGAAAGUGAAGGUUAUAAUGUAGUAUUUUGAUUGAACAUGUAAAUAUAAAUUUGUUCACAGAUGCUCAAACCUGAAAGGUAGUUCCAUUAUGACAACUUAUGUAGAUAUACAUAUUUUUAAAGUCAGUGAUUUCUAUGCAAGUGGCAUUUAAGGAAAUUAGUCUUCUUAUCAUUCAUACCAUAUAUUGUAAUCAUCAACUCCUCCAUAUACACACACACACACACACACACACACACACACACAUUAAAAAGUUUAGUUUACACAUAGAAAAGUGGAUAUCUGGAAU